GAUACUCGCGUCUUGCGCGUGGCGCGUGGUGGUGGCCGGCGUGGCCCGGAUGUUUGUUUGUCACCACGGUCACCACGCAAAUCGGAUUGAUCGGAUUCUCGUUCUCGGCAAUCUCGGCCACUCGGCUACCUCGCGGACGAAACGGGCGUGAAUGGAAAUCACAGAUGGAAACGUGUCGGAUCGACGGAUCCUGACGAUCCUCGAUCGUCCUCGAUCGAGCGCCAAGUUCUGGAACUCACGUCCGGCUGCGAUCGCCGAUCGCGACGCGCGACGUGUGCCUGAUGCCCGAUGCCCGAUGAUGUGUCAACGUUAUAUAAUUUUGUGAUACGUCGACCGUCGUCCGGUCGACGCGAUAAGCAUUAAAUAAUGGCAAGCGAAUCUUGGAAUGUCUUGGUGACGGGAGGCGCCGGUUAUAUUGGUUCUCAUACGGUGUUGGACGUGUUACAAGCGGGCUUUCGGGUGGUGGUAAUAGACAACCUUAGCAAUGCCUACAAAGACUCAAGUUCUGAGAAACCAGAAUGUCUCCUUAGAGUGGAAAAAUUGACAAGUAAAAAUGUUACGUUCAUCAACUGUGACAUCACAAACGUCACGGAUUUAAGAAAUGUGUUUCAGAAAAUUUUUAUUUCAUUACAGUAUACUUUUCAUUGUGUCAUACAUUUUGCGGCAUUGAAGGCGGUUGGCGAAUCAUGUCAGAAACCACUCGAGUACUAUAAAACUAAUGUCAGUGGAACGAUAAAUCUAUUACAAGUUAUGCGGGAGAACAAUGUAAAGCGUUUUAUUUAUUCGAGCAGUGCCACGGUUUACGGUGUACCUGAACAACUUCCUUUAGUAGAAGAUAUGAAAACUGGCAACUGUACGAAUCCUUAUGGAAGAACAAAAUUCAUGGUUGAAGAAAUACUAAAGGAUUUGUGUACCUCGGACAAGGAAUUUUCCGUUAUAUCUUUGAGAUAUUUUAAUCCGGUUGGCGCACAUCCCUCAGGUGAAAUUGGAGAAGAUCCUAAUGGCAUCCCAAAUAAUUUAAUGCCUUAUAUUGCACAAGUUUCUGUUGGAAAAAGGGAUGUGUUAUAUGUUUAUGGCAACGACUAUGAUACUCCCGAUGGUACAGGUGUACGUGACUAUAUUCAUAUUAUGGAUCUGGCAGUUGGACAUAUGAAAGCUUUGAUGUAUCAAAAGACUCGUAAUCCAAUGGGAUUUAAGGCGAUAAAUCUUGGUACUGGAAAGGGCUAUUCUGUGCUCGAAGUCAUACAUGCGUUUGAGAAAGCGUCCGGGCAGAAAAUACCAUACAAAAUAGUUGAACGUAGAUCAGGUGACAUCUCCGCCAGUUACGCUGAUGCUAGUAUCGCUAAUAAGGAACUAGCCUGGGUUGCUACAAGAAAUAUAGAUGACAUGUGUGCAGAUACAUGGAAAUGGCAACAAAAUAAUCCAAACGGUUAUAAACACUGAUAAGCGUUACACCUAAUAACCAUUAUGCCUAAAUAACUAUAAAAACUUGAAGCUUCUAGCUUGCUAUUACGCCUUCCGCAUAUCAUUGGAUAGAUAAUGAAACCAUAUGGUGGUAUACAGUUACCAAAGUUUAGACCAAAGCAUAAGAAAAGUAGUUAUUUAUCUUCUGUUAUAUUAAGCAAGUUUAUUAAUAUAUGUAUAAAUACAAUGAGAAUUUAUGUCUAACGAAAUUUAAUGUACGUAGAAAAGUUUUGUUGGGUAUAUGUUUAUAUAAAUCUCUUAAAUAUAAUGUAAAACUUGA